UUUCACCAGAGUACGAGACAGACUUCGACUUAACAUUUCAUUUAAGAAGGAUAAAACAUUCCGUCCUAACUGUUGUAUUUAUCGUCAAGUCUAUAAAUACAACAACAUCGACGUUUACAGUGACUGCGAAGUUGAGAGUUGGGCAAGGGCGUGCUUCAAUCAAAACUGUAAACCCACCCUCUCUCCCGCCCCCAUCCCAUUACUUGGAUGCUAGCUCGGUGGUAGCCGUUGCAUGUUGUGUAGCACUCCCAGUCAAAAGUUGUGUUUCGUCAAUUUUUACGAAAAAAGAUUACAUUUGGGGGAGAUCAGACUGCGGCAAAGGCACAAAAGAUGGGAUGUACUCUGAGCACGGACGACAAGGCGGCGCAGGAGCGGAGCAAGAUGAUCGACAGGAACCUCCGGGACGACGGGGAGAAGGCUGCCCGGGAGGUGAAGCUGUUACUGCUCGGUGCUGGCGAGUCUGGGAAGAGUACAAUUGUUAAACAGAUGAAGAUCAUCCACGAAGCAGGCUACUCCGAGGAGGAGUGUAAGCAGUACAAGGCGGUUGUCUACAGCAACACCAUACAGUCCAUCAUUGCCAUCAUCAGAGCCAUGGGACGCCUCAAGAUCGACUUUGCCGACUCAGCCAGAGCGGAUGACGCACGGCAGCUGUUCGUGUUGGCCGGCUCCGCUGAGGAGGGCUUCAUGACGGGUGAGCUGGCUGGGGUCAUCCAGCGGCUGUGGAAGGACGGAGGAGUGCAAGCGUGUUUCAGCCGCUCCCGAGAGUACCAACUCAACGACUCCGCGGCAUACUAUCUGAAUGACCUGGACAGAAUAUCACAUGGUGCUUAUGUGCCCACCCAGCAAGACGUGCUGAGAACCCGAGUGAAGACCACCGGCAUAGUAGAGACACACUUCACCUUCAAGGAUCUCCAUUUCAAAAUGUUCGAUGUUGGUGGCCAGAGGUCAGAGAGGAAGAAGUGGAUCCACUGCUUUGAGGGUGUCACUGCCAUCAUCUUCUGCGUAGCUCUCAGCGACUAUGACCUCGUGCUGGCCGAGGACGAGGAGAUGAACCGAAUGCAUGAGAGCAUGAAGCUGUUCGACUCCAUUUGCAACAACAAGUGGUUCACAGACACCUCCAUCAUUCUCUUCCUCAACAAGAAAGACCUGUUUGAGGAGAAGAUCAAAAAGAGCCCCCUCACAAUCUGCUACCCAGAAUAUGCAGGCUCGAACACCUACGAGGAAGCGGCAGCCUACAUCCAGUGUCAGUUUGAAGAUUUGAACAAGAGAAAGGACACCAAGGAGAUCUACACCCACUUCACCUGCGCCACCGACACCAAGAAUGUGCAGUUUGUGUUCGACGCCGUCACCGACGUUAUCAUCAAAAACAACCUGAAGGACUGUGGCCUUUUCUGAAGGCACCUCGGCGGUCCUCCUGCCACGUGACUUUAUUCAACAAGUGUCUGGCCUUCACAGACACCCACCCCCCACCCCAACUUCCCGCUGACAAAUGUCACUUUUUGCGUUUAAUUAACUUAUGUUCAUCUCUCAAAGAUUUUAACGGCGGCGUGUAGACGAGAAACAUUUUGUGUAAAAUAUUUGUACAACUGUCUAUGUCUGGGGCUUUUUCGACCUUUUUAAAAAUGUGCCCCUUUACCUAUCAUUGUUUUUGAUUUUAUACAUAUAUAUACAUACAUAUAUGAAAAGGAGGAUUCGUGUUUGUCUGCCCCCCACAACCAACCCCAUCUCCGAAUGAACAUGUUAAUGUUUCAUUUCAGCAUGCCUUUGUUACCUACUGCUAACGUAAAUGUUAGCUUCAUGUACUAGAUGUUGUUACCAUCUAACCCGCAGUUCAUUUUAUUUAAGUUUGGGAACUUUUUUUGGGGAUUAUGCUCCUCCUUGGACAAACCAAGUACAACCAACUUGCUCCACAGACCAAAUUCCCCUCUGACAUAAUGUGAGAGCCUUUACAGCCGGUUUGCAUGUGUGUGAGAGGCCCAAAGCCUGUGAAUGUGUUUAAGCCUGCGGGCGUGUGUGUGUGUGCAUGUGGGAGAGAGUGAGAGUAUGCACAAUAUCAAAACAAAGGGACUUUAUUCCUCUACGUGUCAUCCUCGUCUUUCAAAGUUGUAUUUUUCUAAGCGACCAACGACGAGUAACAUUCCCGAUUGAAGGAAGAAGCUUUGAAAGGAAGGAUGUCUUUGUAGCACACACCAAGCAGAAGCUCACGUAGACAGUAUGCGGGGUACACGGCCGAAAUGUCUGUGAUGAUUUCACGUUACAUAUCCCCCCC